UGAACAAGCGUCGAGGUUUAAUCGCUGUGCGCCGGCCGAGCUGCCAAGAGCUGAUCCUCUGGGACGCUCUAAUCGGACAGCGAGCCAUGCAUCCCCUUACGCUGUUCCCCGCACUGCUCGCCCUCCAGGCGGGGCUUGUCGCCACCAUGAGCGUCGACGACGGCAUGACAAAGAGACUGGAGGAAGCUGUGCAGGGGGAGUCGUUCGUCAUCAGCUUGAAGCACCUGGAGCCACGCAAAUCGGCUCCAAAGCACCGUCAACAGGAGCCCCUGUUCGCUCUCGUCUUUUCGGGCUCCGACCAAAAAAUGACGCUGCUCUUGGACAGACACUCCAAGCAAGUGCUGGUGGAGACGUGGACCGGCGGCGACGACAGCGUGACGAGCAGAUUUGCAGCAUCGCAGCAUUUGAAUGACGACGCCAUCAUCAAGUCGGUGGUGCUGGACGUGCAGGUCAAUGGCCCGUUGACCCUGUUUGUUGACUGCCACAAGGUCGGCUCCAUUGCCAUCCCUCGCACCGUCGGCCAUAUGUUCGAGCGCUCCAAGCGCCUACACGUGACUCGAGACAAACGAUUCAAAAUGGCGAUUCACACCAAAACUACGGUUGGAAGUGUUCUUUCAGAAAUGCAUUGCACCUCACCACAUCAUUUGGACAAAAUGCAAGCGGACGAGGUACCACCAGGAAACAGUGUCUACACUUACAGAAGGGGAGACAUUCCGUUGAUGCAUGAAAUUGAAGAAAAAGAGUCGCUGCUCGUGAAAGCGCUGUUGGAACUGAUCAACACCGUCAAGUCUCUCAAAGACGAAUCCGUGCAACAAACCAAUGAAAUGAGAAGUUUGAGGGAAGUGCUCGAGAAUUGUGAGAUGUGUCACGCAGCUCCCCCGCCGCGACGGCCCAUGUGCAGUGACAACCCGCCGCCGUGCUACCCGGGCGCCCAGUGUCAGGACACGGAGGGCGGGCCGGUGUGCGGUCGGUGUCCGCGCGGCUACGUGGGUGACGGACGCCAGUGCCGGCCUGGACAGACGUGCGAGGACAGGCCGUGCUUCGCGGGCGUGCGCUGCUUCGACACGGUGGACGGCUUCCAGUGUGGCCCAUGCCCGCCGACGCACGUCGGCGACGGCGUCAGGUGUAAGCCUCGCAACGCUUGUGAGCAGAACCCGUGUCCGCAGGGCGUCCGGUGCGAGAGCUCCGAGCAGCCGCCUUACUACCGCUGUCAGCCCUGUCCGCAAGGCAGCGAGAGCAGGGAUGGACGCAACUGCCAGGACAUCAAUGAGUGCGAACUGGCGCGGCCGUGUGACCCCCGCGUGCGCUGCCAAAACUUGAGCCCUGGAUUCAGGUGCGAUCCUUGCCCGACUGGAUUCACCGGCAGCUCCGGUGUGCAGGGCGUGGGCUUGGAAGAUGCCAGGAGGGUGCGGCAGCAGUGCCACGACAUCGAUGAGUGCGCCGACGGCAGGAACGGCGGCUGCGUGCCCAAUUCCCAGUGCAUAAACUCUGAGGGUUCAUUCAGGUGCGGCCCUUGCAACCGAGGAUUCAUCGGCAACCAGACCAUGGGUUGCCACAACACGCCAGGCAUGUGCAUGGACGGCACCGUUUGCCACGAAAACGCCGAGUGCGUUCGAUUCCACGGCACAAAUUCGUUCUCUUGCAGAUGCAAAGUCGGUUGGGCUGGCGACGGCAGGGUGUGCGGCCCGGACAGCGAUUUAGACAGAUGGCCGGAUCGCGAUCUAGGCUGCGCCGACCCCAAGUGCAAAAAGGACAACUGCGUCAACGUGCCUAAUUCCGGGCAAGAGGACGCGGACGGCGACCGUAUUGGAGACGCGUGCGAUGCUGACGCAGAUAAUGAUGGCAUUCUCAACAACCCGGACAACUGCCCUCUGGUUCACAACCCUGGGCAAGAAGACUCGGACCCUGAUGGCGAAGACCGACAGGGCGACGCGUGCGACAACUGUCCAAUGGUGAUCAACGUCGAUCAAGAGGACACCGACAAAGACGGCUUGGGUGACGCAUGCGACCCUGAUAUAGACAACGAUGGUAUUCCAAACCAGCAAGACAACUGCCCGAAGAAGGCGAACCGCGACCAGCAGGAUCAGGACCGCGACGGCGUCGGCGACGCUUGUGACAACUGCCCGUCAGUGCCAAACCCAGAUCAGUCGGACAGCGACAGCGACUUGGUGGGCGACGCGUGCGAAAGCAGUCAGGAUAGAGACAGGGACGGCAUUCACGACGACAAGGACAACUGCCCCCGCGUGGCGAACAGCGACCAACUGGACACCGACAACGACGGCAAGGGAGACGAGUGCGACACGGAUGACGACAACGAUAGCAUCCCCGAUCUCCGCGACAACUGCCCUCUGAUGUACAAUCCGGGCCAGGAGGAUCUCGACCGUAAUGGCGUUGGUGAUUUGUGCCAGGACGACUUCGAUGGCGACGACGUUCCCAAUUACCUGGACAACUGCCCAAACAACUCGAAAAUACACUCAACUGACUUUAGAACGUACCAAACCGUGGUGCUCGACCCCGAGGGCGAUUCACAAAUCGAUCCCAACUGGGUGAUUUUCAACAAAGGCGCGGAAAUUGUGCAGAUGAUGAACAGCGAUCCCGGACUGGCAGUCGGCUAUGCUGCGUUUGGCGGAGUCGAUUUUGAGGGUACCUUCUUUGUCGACACGGAAAUUGAUGACGAUUACGUUGGGUUUAUAUUUAGCUAUCAAGACAACCAGAAAUUCUACACUGUCAUGUGGAAAAAGAACACGCAGACCUACUGGCAAGCCACUCCAUUCAGAGCGGUAGCAGAGCCGGGAAUUCAGUUGAAACUUGUGCACUCGAGCACUGGCCCGGGUCAAAUGCUGCGGAACUCCCUUUGGCACACCGGGGACACUGAGGACCAGGUGAAACUAUUGUGGAAGGAUCCAAGGAACGUGGGCUGGAAGGAAAAGGUGGCGUACAGGUGGCUCCUACUUCACAGGCCCAAGAUUGGACUCAUCCGACUGCGCAUUUUUGAGGGGGAAAACAUGGUGGCCGACUCAGGCAACGUGUUCGACUCAUCCCUGAAGGGCGGACGGCUGGGCGUGUUCUGCUUCUCGCAAGAGAUGAUUAUUUGGUCUGAUUUGGUCUACCGUUGCAACAAUAACGUUCCCGAAUCGAUUUACCGAGAACUGCCACCAAGGCUGCAACAAGAGGUGGACAUCGACAUGACUUUGCCACCGCGAAGGGUCGCUGCAAACUAAAAUUUGCUAGAGAAAUACUAAAAAAUCGUUUUGUGUUCUUCUACCAUUAAUUAUGAUUUUGAGUCUUCAAUAAAAUCACCGCGCGAUGCCUUAAAAAAA